AUGCGUUUAGAAUUACCCCAAUGCAGGAGAUGUUUUUUCUGCAUACCUCUGCGUUACGGUAUCAUUGUGUUUGGUUAUUUAAAUAUGACGUUUUCUUUACUGAUACUAGGGGUUGAAUCGCAUUGGUUGGUUCGUACUAAUAAGAUUACGGACCUUCUCACUGAUAUUCCUAUGAUGUUCAGGGGGACUGGAAUGUAUACUCACGUAUGGUUCACCAUCGUCAUUUACACUCUAGAAGUCGUUUUUAAUAUCAUAUUAGUGAUAGGAGCCCACGCGAAGAGACCGUAUUUAAUGCGAAUCUACUAUUAUUAUAGUAUAACAACAACUUUAGCUGCUUUUGUAGUUCUAUUGGUUGUGAGACAAGACUACGGAUACACGAGGUUCGAUCCCAUUGAUGUGUGCUUGGCUUUCAUUGGCUUGGUCAUGCAGUUGUAUCUCACGCUGCUGAUACAUAAUGAACUAUCCAAAAAUCGUUAUCAGGAAGGGCGGAUGAGUUACGUCAACCACGUAUCGGAAGUCACUUUCCAUCCUGUGGCCUGGGUAGAUACGAAUCCGUAAUCGAAAUGAAAUAUUUUAAGAUAAUUAAAAUUGUACAUUUCCUUAAUAAAGUGUUA